CCUGGUGGGGCAGCAAAGAGCGCAGUGACGGCUGCUGCCACCAGAGAAACCACCAGCACUCUUCUCCCGCGUCACUUGUUGAAGUCUAAACCGACACGAAACUUGCGUGUGGGAUGACAUCAUGAUAACACCUGAGCAGAAGCAGUCUAUGGACACUACACAGUGGCACCCACGUCUUCAUGGGACUUAGUUUCUCUCUGAGUUUUGAAAGCGAAAGUGUCCUAAGUUCCGGGAGCGUCCGAGAUAACAGGAAGACGGCGUUUGUGUGUAAUAAACAAUAACACUAAAUUAUAUUGUGCUGCUAUAAUUUCAAGAGUUACGCUGUGUAAACCUCUGUAAUGUAGACUCAUCAUGUCUGCCAAAGCCACCGUGAGGAGAAACAAAACAGCCAUUCAAACGAUUCUGUCCGGAGACUACAGGCUGAUCCUCAACAAAGUUUAUGAGAAGGAGCUGAUCAAUCAACGGGAAUACAACAGUCUUAAAAGUAUCUACAGGGAAGAUGCGGAGGGACACGUUAUUGAGCUCGUGGAUAAGAUCAUGAAUAAAGGAGACGAUACGUGCGGAGCUUUCCUGAACCUCCUGCAGACUGAUGAAGACAUUAAAAGUACUUUCCCUCAGCUGAAGGACUUGAAUGAGGCCCUCUGUGUAUCCAGGCCGGUUGAAAUUUCUCCACCUCACAAUGGCGUCGAGUCAAAAGUAAAAAUAACUCCAGCCAAAGGGAAAACGAUGUUCGACGACGGGAAAGGAAAAGGAGCGCAACAUGUGACGCCCUGUUCCGAUAGGAGCAGGUCCACGAUAAAUGAUCGGACUUUGUUGGACAUAAACAACGAACUGGAAUCUUCUGAGGUGGCUGCUCUUUGCUUCUUGUGUAGUGAUGUUGUCAGUAGGAAACAUCUGGAGGAGAUCAGGCAGGCCAAAGAGCUGUUCUCAAGGUUAAGUGAAAAAGGUCUACUGGAGAACAAUACAUUCCUCAAGGAGCUGCUCCGCACUAUCCAUCGAGAAGACCUCAUCAUACGCUUAAAGGCAGGCAGUGGAAAUCUAGAGGAAACAGAUGCUAGACGUGUCCUGUCAAACUUCAGAAUAAUGCUGUACAAAAUAUAUGAUGACAUGACUGUAGAUGGUCUUGAAAGCAUGAAGCUUCUACUGAAGUCAAAGCUGGGCAAACGACACCUUGAUCACUGUAAAACAGCGCUGGAUGUGUUUGCUGAAAUGGAAAAGAAAGAGUUGAUAUCAGACACACAUGUUGAUGAGCUGUAUGAUGUGCUGCAAAAGCUGGACGCAAAACUGGCAAAGACUGUGAAACACUACACCACGAGGCGGUGAAGACUGUGAUGGACAGCCAGACACAGAGCCCGCCUUUCUUCAGGAGAUGGAUGAUAACGUGACUGGCACGUGUGAACAAGGAGAUCAACAGAAGAGAGUAUUUAGAUGCCAGAGCCCUGAUACACUGUCACCAAGAGGUUCAUCCUCAAAUAUGUGAGACCAAGUACAACACUGCAAGGGUCCCAGAUUCACACGAUCAUAGACAUUAUCAGUCUGGUUUGCAGUGUGUCUGUAAUUUUAUUUAUGGAAGCGUUUGUGCUUCUUUAUUUUGUCAUAAUACAUAUACAGUAUCUCAAAAAAGUGAGUACACCCCUCAAAUCUUUGUCAAUAUUUUGUUAUAUCUUUUCAUGGGACAACAUUAAAGAUGUGACACAAAGUAGUCAGUGUACAGCUUGUAUAACAGUGGAAAUUUGCUGUCCCCUCUAAAUAACUCGACAAACAGCCAUUAUUGCCUAAAGAAAUGGCAACAAAAGUGAGUACACCCCUAUGUGAAAAUGUCUAAAUUGUGCCCAAUUAGCCAUUUCCCUUCCUGGUGUCAUGUGACUCGUUAGUUUUGCAAGGUUUCAGAUGCAAAUAGGGAACAGGUAUGCUUAAUUUGGUCUUACUGCUCUCACACUCUCUCAUACUGGUCACUGAAAGUUUAAUGUGGCACAUCAUGGCAAAGAAUUCUCUGAGGAUCUGAAAAAAAGAAUUUUUACUCUACAUAAAGAUGGCCUAGGCUGUAAUGAUAAUAAUGGAUUGCAUUUAUAUAGCGCUUUUCAAGGCACCCAAAGCGCUUUACAAUGCCACUAUUCAUUCACUCUCGCAUUGACACACUGGGGAUCGAACCUUCCGGUUACAGAUACGCUUCCCAACCCCCUGAGCCACGGUCGCCCCAUGUAUAUCUAUAAUAAUAUUGCCCAUACCAUGAAACUGAGCUGCAGCAUGGUGGCCAAGACAAUACAGUAGUUUAACAGGACAGGUUCCACUCAAAACAAGCCUCGCCAUGAUCGACCAAAGAAGUUGAACGCACAUGCUCAGCGUCAUAUCCAGAGGUUGUCUUUUGAAAAUCGCUGGGGGCUGCGUGGAGGGUCAGUGCUUAGACCACACACUGCAUCAAAUGUCGUCCCAGAAGGACGCCUCUUCCAAAGAUAAUGCACAAGAAAACACGCAAACAGUUUGCUGAACACAAGCAGACUAAGGACAUGGAUUACCUGUGGUCUGAUGAGACCAAGAUAAACAUAUUUGGUUCAGAUGGUGUCAAGGGUGUGUCAUUUCUUCAGUGUUGUCACAUGAAAAGAUAAAACAAAAUAUUUGAGGCAUGGCUUAGUAAUUAUCUAAUGGUUUAAAACAAAGUGAAUUAUAAUCAAAUUAUAUAAUUUUGCCCGUUCAAGACCAAUGAACUGUUGCCACUGGAAAAGUGGAACUAAACUCUGGAUUUCUUUAUAAUUUGAUUGUAGAUUUUUGUUUUGUGUUCGAAUACUUAAAAUUCAGCUGUGUUUUUCACAGCGACUGCCUUUUGUUGAUGUCAUUUUCCUCUGUCCUGAAACUUUAGGUUCUGUAAGUGUAAGUGUUAAAUUAUCUAUUUGCUGAAAAGGAUUUUAUUUUCAUUUUGCCUGCAUUAUUGUCUGUAUUACAAGAUUUAAAAAACCCACUUUAUACACUA